AUGGUCAAUACUGGACUUCCGAGUAAGGACUGUUACACUUGUCGCCGUCGCCGGGUGAAGUGUGACCUUGGACGCCCCGGCUGCUUGCGCUGUAAGAAGCUGGGCCAUGACUGUCCGGGUUAUAGGGACUUGAAUAGACUGAGUUUUAAUUUCCGGGUCCUUACCCCUGAAUCCUACCGGCGCCAUAAGAAUCAGAAUUCCGACCCACAGGUGACGAAGGACACCGAACAAGAACAGGAUCGGCAUUUCCGAUUCGCUGGAGCGAGACAGCCACCACUAGCACUCACAUAUGUGCCGACUGAAGAGUGGGAGGCACAUGCAAAGCCUCUUGUCAUCAGCCAAUUCACCAUUCUAACCAUGCAGGGUGCUCGAGUGUACGGCUCGUUCGACUUCCUGCCGCAACUGCUUGAGCACACUGAUAGCACAUCUACAUUGCACAAGGUGUGCAAUGCUGUUGCAUCCGCCUCCUUUACCAACCGGUCACGGCCUGAUAGCACUGGAUUCGGCCAUAGAAAGCUUUAUGCCAAGGCCUUGCAAUCUUUAUCAAAUGACGUCUCCCACGUUGAGAAGCAGAAGCAAGACCAAACGCUGGUGGCAGUGUGGCUGCUGUGUUUGUAUGAGCUCCUAGUUGGGGCACCGAGUCAAAAGUCACAGCAAGAACCUCGGGGCUGGAACGCGCAUGGCGAAGCAAUGAUUGGACUGUUGCGAUUGCGAGGCCAGAACCAAUUCUUGACCAAGACAGGAUGCCAGCUUUUCCAGAUAGCGUACCCUAUCAUUCAAAUACAGGCAAUACAAGCAGGUCAGCCACCUCCACCAGAAGCAGUCGCAUGGUUGCAUUCGAUGCAGACAUCCCCCAUGGCGAAGGAGAUGCUCUUUCUGCCGGCAUUUCUGUACAGCGACUUGGCUUGUCGAAUUUAUAGUACCAUCCGCGAUUUGAUCGAGCAAGGUACACACGAAAAAAUGCUCCUGAGCAUCGACGAUAUAGUAGUGGCUUGCAAAAAUCUCGAAUCGUCGAUUGAUGCAGUGAUUACUCAAGGGCCAGCCCUACAGUCACAGCCAGGUCCAUCAGACGACCUAGCAACAGGACAAACUGACAAGUGGUUAAUGAACCAGCAUGCCGCGAACUAUCUCGAUGCAUUUCUCUUUCAAGUUUAUCAAGGAUGCAUAGACCUUCUCUCCCAAACAUUAAAAGCUACUGCACCACCGAAGAAGCGCGCUGAGCUCCUGUGCUACCAUGAGUCUAGCACUAAACGGUUAAUGCACCUGGCAGACCGCAUUAUAGUAUCCCUCCCACUACUUAUGCCGGCUACAGGGGCCAGAGUUAACCAACAGGGCCCAAGCAUUCCAACAUGGGGACAUGCCCUAAAGCUGCUUUGGCCGUUGGGUCUAAUUUCGUCUUCCGCCAAUGUCAUCGACAGGCAGCGUGCUGCUGCGAACCUGGGUCUACUUCGAAUAGGCUAUGAGGUUGGAAUUAUGCGUGCGGUAAGGACAUACUCGUAA